GAACAGGAACAAGAAGAAGACACAGGAAGCUCUGUUCAGUCGGAGGACAGUGAUAGUGAGGAUGAAGAUCUGAGCGAUACUAUUUUACCUCAAAUGCCGAAAUCGGGAACGCGAAAAAAGCCAGCCCGUUCGAGGGGUGAUGGCAAUGGAGAAGAGAAGCACGAAGUGGAGCAAAUGGCGCCUGGCACUUCUGGCAGAACAUCUUCGCCAAAGCAGCAGAAGCAACUUCGAAGGUCAUUACGCUGCUCGGCGCCAUCAACAGUACUUCCACCUUCGGCCAGCACAGAUGCUCCUCGAACACGCUCUGCGCGUGUCAAUUCACGUGAAUGUCAAGCCACAUCGGAUCGACAGAGUCGGGAAAUGAGCUCACUUGAUGCUGAGAAAUCGAUUGCGGAUAUCGUUUUGGAUAAAAGUGUCAUUGAACGUUACUGUAAACGUAUGGAAGCGGUUCGUCGUUCGGCACGGAAAAGCGAUAAAAAUGAAAUUUUCUAUGGUCGUUGCACAUCUCGUCGCAACCUGUUCGAUGAUGAUAGCUCCGAAGAGGGUUCUGUAAGAGUGGCAACACGUUCAGCCUCAUGCAUCCAGAAGAAUCGCAGUGGUCGCUCGGUGAAGACCAAUCGCGUAUACAUGGCGCAUGCAUUGCUGAACGUCUACAACACCGAUCCACUGAAUCCACCAAAACCACCAAAGGAAGGUCCAUUCAAAUUACACCGCCUCAUCCGUCAAGCAUCGAAAUCGGACAAAAAACGAAUAAGCAAGUUCAGGCUUCGAAUUGCUCGCGAAAAGACAGGAUUGGCUUCUGCGACCAUUCCAUCGGAAGCCUCUGGAACGGCGAGCUCAUCCCAGAGCAUCCAAACAAAGUCUGAAAGCCCGGAAAUACAGCUCUCAAACGGAAGUGAGAAGCCCGUAAAAUUAGCCAAGGAGUUGUCAGACAAGAGCAGCAAUUUAUCUUCCUAUUCAAGAGAUUCAUCGGCUGAUAUUUUCAAGGAGCCAAGCUUCAAAAAGCCAUUCAGAAAAAUAAGCAAAGUAAUGAAAAGUGCGGACGCUGGAUCUGAAAUCACUGGUGUAGUAAAGGAAGGAAAAAAUCUGUGA